AUGCUAACGGUUAGCACUUUACCCGUAAACCUCGCAGACAACGUGCCGUCAUUCCACGUUCCCGUCUUCAACUAUGAUACCCUCUCCACUGGAAACACGCCUUAUGAAGUACUCAACGCACUCAAGAAAGACGGUAUCAUCAGCUUCUCCAACGUUCCGUCGUACGCCCAAGUACGUCGCACCUACCUUGAAAUGGCUGCUGCCUGUGCGGUAUCUGCUCAAGAGGCGAACGCCGAGUUCCUGUACCAGAAGACGCUCACGGAUGGCACAAAGCGCUACACCAUCAGCACAACAUCGGGUCGGGCUGCCAACUUUGCUGCCAUUACCACAGAUGCGACGUGCCCGGGCUACAAAGAAGUUUACGGCCAAUUCUCGUCGCUGUUUGAGAUGGUGGUGCUCAGCGUGGCCAUGGCACUCGACGCCACCAACUUUACUACGAAGGACGGCUACGGCCAAAUCGUCUCCAGUCGUAAGCUCAUGACGGAUGCUGUCCGUCUCGAUCACUUUCACGCGUACGAACCGCCUUCUUCGCGUAAGCUCAUGAGUGAGCUCUCUGACAUCAACACUAACGCCGUGCCCGACAAGAACUUUACGCUCGAGCUGCAUGAGGACAACGGUAUGUUUAUCAUGUUCUCGACACCUGCCUUCUACAAGGUUAGUAACGGCGGUCUCAAGCACACGUUCGAGCCAAUAUCGUCCUCCGGCGAGGACGGCUUGGGAUCAGGCCUUCUCAUUCGAACGCGUGACGGUCAGUUCGUGCAACCUAUUCUGGAGCCCGACUACGUGACGCUCAUGGUCGGUACUGGCUUCAACACGUGGGUGGACUCGUCGCAUGAUCUGCCACCCGUGUCGCACGCCAUGCGCAUACCCGAGAUGCAGAUGAUGCCGACACAGCGGCUGAUACGUGCAUGGUUUGGCAAGAUGACGUUGCUGCCGUCUUACCAGCACAUGGUGGGGCAGAUGGAUUUUGAGACGCACAUGAACGCCUCUGCGCAUUACUUGCGACAAGGGCAUGAAUCAGAUCGUCCGCUCCUGGGCUGCGCUCCUGGUCGUCACUUGGUCGCGUUAGUGGAAGCUCCAUCUAACGGUUUUUGGCCUCAUUGUGCAAGUUACUGCCAACAAAAUGGAAAAGCAGCUUGUAAGGCAUAUGAUAAGUGCAAUCCAUAUUGCGAUGGUAGCUGCUAA